AAUGUUAAGAAAGCCAGACAUAUUCUUAUUUAGGGGUAUUCUCUUCAACUGCGUCUUAGUAGCGUCGUGUAUGUGGUCAAAUGAAGAACAUGGAUUUACGAAUUUGUUACAGCCAUUCGCUGUAUAAAACCCUCGUUUUUUGCUGCCUUUUGUCCAUCGUGGUUUAUGUAAUAUAUCUAUCGAAAACGUCUUCGAAUGACAAUAGUGAAAUUUAUCCGCCUACAACGCGCUUUUCGCGAGUUUCGAAAAAGACUGAGCCGCAGAAAUUCUAUGUGAAAACAUCCAAGUGCCGUAUACCCUAUGUGGAUCCUUUCAAUGACGAAGCUAUGAAGUUAUACAAACCACAAACACUAGUCACCUGCUCUAAUGAGACCGAUCUCAUAUCGACAAAAUACAAUAAAGUUAUUAAGCGGCAUGUUUUGCAUAUUGACGACGAAGUCGCUCAAAAACUGCUUAAUUUCACAGACGCCGAAUACAAUUGCUUCUACCGCGAAAUCAAAUACGGAAAUCAUGCAGAUACCUACGACAAUCUUAAGGGCAAAAAGUAUUUCACGAGUGGUUACGAGGUGCCAUUCCAUGUGGAGGGAAUGAUCGUCGAGUGCCAGACUGCUGAGGAUCCGAUAGUUGUCCUCCAGAAGGACGCCUUCACCUUUGUCCAGCACCGGCCGUUGCCCAAGGACCUCAAAAAGUCCAGGGCAGCUCGAAAGCCAAGUGUGAUAAUGUACGGUAUUGACUCCCUUUCCCGGAUAAACUUUCGCCGCACUAUGCCCAAAGUUUUUCACUUUCUACAAGGCCCAGGAUGGUACGAGAUGCAAGGAUACAACAAGGUGGGCGACAACUCUUUUCCCAAUAUACUCGCUAUUCUCAGUGGAUAUUCGGCCGGUACGGCCAAGGAACAUGUUUGCGAUACUGAUAAGGAAGGCUGCUUGGACGAGAUGCCAAUGAUAUGGAAGUAUUUCAAGAACGCCAGUUAUUUGACUGGAUACGCGGAGGACGAGAGUAACUUGAAUCAUUUCAGUUACCUAAAGCCCGGCUUCUCCAAGAAGCCGGUGGACUAUUACUUUCGACCUAUGCUUAGGGCACUGGAGUCCGAAAUGGAUGUGUACCGAUUGCCGGAACACGACUUCAUGCGAUACUGUCUGGGGCGCAGGAUAGCGAAUCGUUAUAUCUACGACUAUGGCAUACAGUUCACGCAACGUUUUGUCCACGAUCGACCGAUUUGGGGAAUGUUCUGGUCAAAUCACUUCAGUCACGACGAUCCAUUUAUACCUUCGUCCAUGCAAGAAAAGGUUCUGGGAGAUCUGCUAGAUAUGCAUGAGGAUGGGGAUUUUGAGGAAAUGAUAAUGAUCUUUUUUGCCGACCAUGGUAACAGAUUUGGCAAGUUGACCCGUCUGAAGGAGGGCUUUCUGGAGGAGCGGCUUCCGAUGAUGUUUAUAUAUCUGCCGCCCUGGUUCCGUGAGACAUAUCCAUCUUAUGUGAGGGCACUGGAGUUAAAUCAGCACAGGCUUAGUUCCAACUUUGACCUCCACAAUACGCUGAAACAUAUCAUAGAGAUUGGGGGUACCCCAGAUGGUCGAGAGCUACCCAAGUCCUUCGACUGCCCCACCUGCCAGUCGCUGUUCUAUCCCCUGCCGGAGGGUCGUACCUGUUCGGAGGCGGGCAUUGAGGAGCACUGGUGCACCUGCGAACCCUUCAGGCUUAUAUCGGGGCAGGAUUGGACCACUCCUAUUGCCACCAGUGUGAUCGAUCGAAUGAACGAGUAUUUCGUUCAAAAGAACCUAACCAGCCUCUGCAGCAAUCUGACGCUAAGCUAUAUCCAUAAGACUGAGAUAAAAACGGGUCUGGACAGUGAUUGGCACCAAGAACUGAAGGAAACAGAAACUGCCGUUUAUCGUAUUAAGUUCAAAGUGAAACAGAACAGUGCUGACUUCCAAGCCACAGUGGUCUACCAUAAUUCCACCCAAUAUGCUGAAGUAAAUGUGGAGAAAAUCAGCAGAACGAAUUCCUACAAAGAGGACUCCACAUGCAUCGAUGAUAAGAUCGCAAAACUAUAUUGUAUCUGCUUCAGUGCCCUCAAUCACUGAUAAUACCGUGACUAGUACAGUUUCUUAAAUAGCAAAUAAAGUUUAAACUAGUUGUAAAACCUUUAUAUUAGUUUUUCCCUUGGAUUUAUUUGAUUAUGGUGUUUAGCUUCGAGUCCUUCAUGCUGCACCUACAUAUAUUAUAUGUCAAGUGCCAGUCUAUUCUGUAAUUUUUUCCCAGUAUGGAAUGUCCAAUGGUGAAGUUGUCAGCCUUUCUGGCCGAUCGCAUCAGCCUUUCAUAAUAUUUAUAUGGUGCAAUCACAAUAGUCCCGCCAGGCUAGAAAGUCCCGUUGACCAGAUUGGCUCUGUUGAAAUCCACGUUGUCAAUCAACAUGCCCAACAUUUUAUGCAACACCGCAAUCGGGAAAGUCCAAACUCGGAUAGGAUUCAGCGUUUUUCGAGCAAAGAUGCCGAAAAUAAAGUCAUUUUAGAGAGUUAUCAGCAACUGAAGGAGAAAGGCAAACUCGAUUUGGACAAUCCGAAGGAGAGGAAAAUUAAAAGAAAAAUGCAACAUCCGAUGGGAGGUCUUGAUGAUAAGUCUAUGGAAUUUUCAAUUCAUGAGGUGCCCACUCUCACUUGGGAAAAUUACUAGUGUACCAAAGUAUAGCAAUAACUUGAAAAAUUAUAGAUUACAACUAAUAA